GAUUACAAAAGCAAGAAAAUUAUAUAUAAAAAGAAAAUAAACUAAUAUUAAAGAAAGAAAAUUUGCGUAUAAAUUCGCAAUAAUAGUACAGCAGAAACUCCCUUCAGCACACAUACAAAAGAACCGAAUUGAAUAUAAAAAGAAAUAAAAAAAAUUAAAAACUUAUAAAACACCCCGCACAUACACCACAAAACAGAAAUCAUGUCUGAUUCACAGAGCGAUAACCCCAUCUACGGACCCUUCUUCGGAGUUAUGGGAGCAGCCUCAGCCAUUAUUUUCAGUGCUCUGGGAGCCGCCUAUGGUACCGCCAAAUCAGGAACUGGUAUCGCUGCCAUGUCAGUGAUGCGACCAGAAUUGAUCAUGAAAUCCAUCAUUCCCGUUGUCAUGGCUGGUAUUAUUGCCAUUUACGGUUUGGUCGUAGCUGUCCUUAUUGCUGGUGCUUUGGAACAACCUUCAGAUUACUCACUGUUCAAGGGUUUCAUUCAUUUGGGUGCCGGUCUAUCGGUAGGUUUCUCUGGUUUAGCGGCCGGUUUUGCGAUCGGUAUUGUUGGUGAUGCUGGUGUAAGAGGUACAGCACAACAGCCGCGUCUGUUCGUCGGUAUGAUUUUGAUUCUUAUUUUCGCUGAAGUAUUGGGUCUGUACGGUCUUAUUGUUGCCAUUUACUUGUACACAAAAUAAAUCAAUUCAACAAUUACAACAAAAACAAAUCCAACAUCCACAUCAAAUAAAGCAACAAAAUGCAAACAAAUCAACCAACCAAACAAUCAUUAAAAUGCAACAAGCAACAUCAUCAAAGAAAUUUGUAAUAAUAUAAACGCAGCAACAACCAAAAACAAAGUGGAAGCGAGAAAGAUCACCAACAAGAUUUACAGAAAAAGCAGCUGUCAAGCAAAGAUGAAAACAGCAGUAGCUGAUCUCCCAAAGCUGAAAGAAUUGGUUGCACAGAGCCAAAGAAAAAAUUCAACAAAUGAAUGGCUGGUUUAGUAUUGAAAUAUUCGUAACAUCGAAUAAGGGAAGAGAUGAAUCGUUGCACAAAUAUUGAAUUACAAAAUGUGCAACAUUCGAUAUUAUGCAGCGGGAUAUGCGUCGAGCCAAAAAACUGUUUCGUCUCUAUGUAUGUUUAUAUUACCAUUACCCAGCUUGAUUCUAUUUAUGUUACGUUACUUUGUGAUUUUAAUUUAUUUUCGGGGAGCUAAGACCAUUAUCGACAACAACAAAAACUCAACAAUUUAUAUUUGUAUAUACAUAAAGUAACCAAGUGUUAAACUAAAAAGAAAGAUUGGGUCUAUUUUUUUCGCCGCGAUGAAAGCAAGGAAGCAAAGUAACCACGUAAAUGUUAUUAAUAUUUCAACACAUAAAUCGUUACAAAUAACAACGCUAGUAGGUUACCUCAAAGCGUGUUAGAUCGCAACAAUCGACGCUGCCAAUUGUUUUUUUGUUAAUUUUCCGUAUUUUGUUAAAAAAAAAAAAAACAAAAAGAAAAAAAAACGUUUUCUGCUGUAAGAUUUGAAAAAACUUUCUCUUUUCGCGUUUUUUGCGUUUAUAUUAACAACGAUUUUCUUUUUUGUUAAUGUUUUUUCUGAUAUUUCUUUUUUUGUUUUUUGUGUAAUUAUAAUUAUAAAUAUUUUCAACAACGUUUAUUGUUGUUAUUUAAAGAAAAACUUGCGUAUUCAAAGUAGAAAGAAAGCAAAAACACUACAACCAAAAGCAGUAAAAGUUUAAAAAGCAAAUGGGAAUGGAAUCAACCAACCAACAAACUUAUUAAAUAAAAUGUACAUGUAAAUUUAAAUUUAAAAUUAAUAUUAAAAUUAAUUAAACUUAAAUAAAGCAAACAAAGAAACAGUA